UUUUAAAUUAUGCAAAUGAACAAGCUGGUAAUGUUGUAAUUCUAGCUUAUACAGUAUUUGAUAAUGAUUGGUCUUAUGCUGAUAGAAGACCAACAGAUUAUUUAUCCAAUACAUCAAAUGCUAAUGCAAAUAAUACUAUAGUUAAACAGCAAGUACUUUUUGGUUCAACUAUUCAAGAAAGUAAUUCAGUUAAUAAAUUAGCUAGACUUACUAAUGAAUUAUUUCUGAAACUUGAAAAAAUUGAAAGAUUUAUAAUAGAACAAUUAUCUAAAGCUUACUUGUAUUCAAACUCAGAUUCAAUCUCUUUAAAAAAAGCUUAUAGAAAGAAUAAUUACUCAGAUAUGACUGAAACUAAAAUUACUAAAAAAGUUUCAGAAUUUAUUCCUAUUUCAAAGCCUGAUUUAUCCCUAAAACCAGUAAUAAAAAAGAAUAAAGUUGACUUUGAUGAAGAAUUAGCUAAUUAUUGCAAAAAGUCUAAAAAGAGUAAGGUUAAUCUCAUUAUUGUAGAUUCAGAUUCAGAUUCAGAUACUUCAUUUAAUGCUUCUUUUAAUAAUAGCUUUGACUCUAAUACAAGUUCAGAAGAUUCUUCUGAUUCUGGAGAUAAUAUUACU